CCCUUUCUCUGCCUCCCUCUCCCCCUCUCUCAGGAGGAAGAUGGAGCCAAGCCCAAGACUCUCUCCUCUCAGAAACUCUCCCCCAAGUGGUGUUUCCUGGACUCCACCACUGCAGACCGCUUCUACAGGAUAGACCGGGCGCAGGAGCACCUUAACUACGUGACGGAGAUCUCCCAGGACGAGCUGUUUAUCCUGGACCCUGAGCUGGUUGUCACGGAGACAGUGAGCACGUCGCCAGGGAUGCCUGACCUGGUGGACUCCUCCUCCUCUGCCGCCAACGCCAGCACCAUGCGCAAGUUUGCCUUCCCAUCAUCCUCUUCUCCUCCCCCGUCGCCGGUCGCCCCCAGGCUGGUGGACCCUCCCGGCCAAAGGAAAAGGGUCUCCAGUGACAGCUCUCUGGCCGAAGCUCUGGCACUCAGCGACGCCCUGCGCUCCACUAAACCUGCCCUCACCAGGGCGGGGUGUGUCCAUCGGUCAAACACGACCGCUGCUGAUUUCAAACCAACACUGAGGCCACAGAAGGCUCCUCUCUGCAGCACAGACAAAGUGUCUCCAGAGAUGGUGGUAGAAUGUGUGAAGAAAAAGGACCAUCAAAAGCUAAGAGAGUUGCACCAGCAGGGGGCGGACCUCUCAGUCCAGGACCAAUCAGGUUGCACCCUACUGCAUCAUGCCGUCUCCACAGGCAGCAAGGACACCGUCAGAUAUCUGCUAGACCACGUCCCUUCAGAUAUCCUGGACAUGGCAGAGAAAGAACACGGGGAGACUGUGCUCCACCGGGCUGCCUCUCUGGGUCAGAGGACCAUCUGUCACUUCCUGGUGGAGGCUGGAGCUUCUCUCAUGAAGACAGACCUGCAGGGUGAUACUCCUAAACACCGAGCAGAGAAGGCGCAGGACUCUGAGCUAGCAGCCUACCUGGAGAACAGGCAGCACUACCAGAUGAUCCAGAGAGAGGAUCAGGAGACAGCGGUGUGACCCCUGGCCCUGGAGCUGUUAACCUACCUGGGGCUGCAUCAGCCCCCUUCCCCCUCAACCUGUCACCCCUGACCCCAAUCCCAUGCCCCCUGUGCCAUACCGACAGCAGCCAAUCAGCCAGGAGGUUCUGAGGGAACAGAGGCCUCCCCUAUGGGAGAAAGACCCCCUGCGGUGGCAGACUGACAAAGCUCCACCCUCUGUGACACUCGGACAGCUGACCUGGUCUACGCACUGCCAAGCCUGUCUGUCUGCCUGUGUACCUGUCUGUCUCUCUGUCUAUGUACCUGCCUGUGUCUGUUUUUCUGUCUGCCUGUGUACCUGUCUGUCUACCUGUAUACUUGUCUGUCUGUCUGCCUGUGUGCCUGCUUGUCUGUCUGGAUCACUGGAUCUCUGUCUCAGAUGUCCUGCAUCUGUUGUCUAUUCUGUCGUCUAAGCAACCAACCAACAAAUCACCUUGGUGUUCUGAGGUUCACUUCAGUAAUGUGACUGCUUGCUGAUCAACCUGGUUUUCUGACCCCUUGGUGACCUAUGACCCAUAGGGUUCCCUUUGACCCCUGGAGAGUCACUGCCAAGCUGUCUUCUACUGCUACUUGUCUUGUUAUGAAAAUAUGCAGAAAUGUACUGUACUUUGGGGUAUGAGGUGUGUUUGUGUGUGUGUGCGUGUGCGUGCGGUUGUAUGUCUGUGUUCACAAUGCAGUUCCAAUUGCCUUGAUUUUUUUCUCUUAUUGGCUGUUUAAUUUUUGUCGUAGAGUGUAUUUUAGACAUUAUACUAAUUACGUAACUUUUUUAAACUGAUUGAUGUUUAUAAUUUAUAUAUAAUAAUUAUUCUUAACAUGUUUGUGUUUGCUAAUAAUUUCCCAGAGAUGUUUCAUACUUUGUGUUUUAUUCUUCUCUAUUACACAUUCAUUCACCGCACACACACACACACACACACACACACACACACACAAACACCAACACACACAGUUUUGUUCAGCUCACUGUGUUCUCACUGUCUAAAGGCACAGCUAAACACAAAGGAUUUUUUUUUCUUUUGUGAAAUUGUGGAUUCUAAUUAUUUUGAAUAGUUGUAAUCUUUGUUAAAUAACUAUGACUGUCCAUUUGACACAGAACUUUGAAUUAAACUGUUAUAAAGAAGAAAUGUAAAUGUUAUAAUUUUUGGGUAUAGAAUACAUGUACUCUAAUUGAAGUGGUAUAACUAGUUAGCUAGACAUGCUUAAAACUAACCAUAGUCAAAAGGUCAACUAUGGUUGGACAAGUAAAAUGUUAUAGACUUUCCUAGUCAGUAAAAUGGCUGUUUCAUUUUAAUGUUCUCAUUGUCACCAUGUAGACCUCGUAAACUUCUGACCCCAAUGUGUGUCAGAGCCUUGACGAUCAACUAAAGCAUCUCCACCAUCUCACGAAGUCUGCUUAGCUCAGUGCCUUCAACCAGAGCUAACAUUCUAGAAUGUACUGGAAUUCUAGAAUAUACUUGCAGUACAGAAUGUACUGUCUCUCUAGAAUAUGAAAGCAUUCUAGAAGGUACUGUCUAACAGCCUACAGACACACCUGACUGUAUGAUAGUUUUGACAUAUUGUCUACCACUACUGUACUGCUACUACUGCUUUCUCUGGUGCCAUAACAUUUGUUAGAUAGGAAAGAUAGAGGGAUAAAAUGAAGAGAAGGAGGAGCAGGGAAGAGGGGGAGAGUGAUGAAUGGAGGAGUGGAGGGAGGAGUAGUGUACAGAGAGUUUGUGGGUCUGCUGUAACAGAUGUAACCCUGAAACAGCCUUCCAGUGUCUCCACCUCCACCAAGACUCCUCAUUGUGGUCUACUGCAUCCUCCAGGUUCUCUACAUACAGAGCAUUCUACAUCCAGUUAGGUUCGCAAAUAAUUAUUUCCUUAUGGUUUUCAUCUGACUUUAUGAAAUAGAAAGUGCUCUAUUGACAGACAGGCAGACAGAUAGACAGACAGGACCAGAGUGUGUGUGUGUGUUACUAUAAUUGCAGGAUAUGUGCUUUAUUUUGAGUUGCUGUGCAAUUCAGGGUAGGAUAAUCUAUACAUCCCCUUUUUGAAUAUUGUAGAGUUUUACCAUGAUUGUGCAAUAUGCAUUUUUGAUGUUUGAGAAAUAUUGAAUCUUGAUAUUUCUUCUUGUUUUCUAAAACUAUUAAAAAAAGAUGGUCCUGGCGUGCUGUACUGCUGUGCAAUGUUGGCGAUAUCAACCUGUGUAUUUGCUACUCUGCUGACGUUAUUGUCUGCUUGGACUGAAUAAUAAAUAAUGGUACUUAAACAGA